AUGGCUCAGCCAAGGCUUUUCCAAUACGCGGCCGAGAAUAUGUUCCGGGACCUGAUCCAGGAAAAAGCCCACAAAUAUGGAUACGGGAGGAGCACGUCGGAGUUAAAUGCCUUCCUUCAAUUGCUGACCAGGGAGAACUUCACUGACUUCAUGGGGGUCUCUAAUAAGUACUAUCCAAUCACUGCAAGCGAGAUGUUCCAACAUGUUUACGGGGUCUCGGUGGAGCGGUGCCACCAGAUAAUGUACGGCAAUUCGGAAGAUGGCGACUCGAAGGAUAACGAUUCGAGGGAGGAGGGAUCUGAGCCUGAAGGGCCAGAUUAUGGCAACAACCCUGACCAGGAUCCACUCGCCGGAAACUACUACAUUGUGGUCAACACGGAUUUCAGCAGUUCAUAUCCGCCGUCACAAUCCGGAUCGCGGCUGGGCUUAGAGACGAUGUCCAUGCAACGUGACCCAUUCUGGUGGGAACCCGAAGAAGUCGUGUUCUAUGUUCAGAUACGCGAGGAACUGCGAAUGCUUGAGGAAGCCCUUCGCGAUUCUGGGCUCCUUGAGGCCACGCAGAAAAUAGGCAUGAUCCUGAAGGAUGGUGAAGUUGAAAGGUUGUUUACAGGUCGGGAGGGUGUUGGACGUUAUUGGCAGCCUGCGGUUCAGUUUCGAUAGAUGGCGU